UGAGCCAUAUUUAUAAGUGAAUACAGAGAGACAUGUCAUUAAAUAACAAGAGUGUGUGUCUUACCAUAAUUCCAAGACUAGUUUAUGAAAAUGUAUACAGCUGAGCCAUAUUUACAAGUGAAUACAGUGAGACCUGUCAUUAAAUAAAAAGAGUGUGUGUCUUAACAUAAGUACAAGACUAAAAAGGGCAGCCCGGUGCACCAAGGCAUCCUCACAAGGCAAGGGUCCGGGUAAGGGUCCCACCACAAGGGUGUAUAAGGGACAAACCUUCCCCUGUGAGUUUUUUUACAAGAGGUCGCUCCAAGACUUGAACCCGUGACCUCUCUGUCACACAUCAACACCUUAACCCAGUGCGCAUAGGCUCCCCUUCACUAUAAUUACAAGACUAGUUAAGUUUUUUUACAAGACUAGUUAAGUAAAAUAAGAUAUAAUUAAUUACAACUGGACUCUUCUUCACUGGCCAAUAUAAAGUGUAUACACGUUCUUCGUCUCUAUAUAGUCUUCGUUGGUAUGUGUGGAGCCUGGAUGCGAUUUCAAUGGCUGUCUCUUUGAAGCAAUUCUGUAGUUUGUUUGAAUUGCGUACAAUCUUGUGGGCUUUUUCUGGGGAAAGGGAAAAAAUCCUUCUGGUGAAAAUUAAAUAUGCAAACAUCAAAAGCAAGAACUACUGUGGAUGUGCCACAAAGGUCAUCUCCUACUACACCAAAGACGAGUCGGAAGGUGAGAACCAUCAAUGCAGAUUCUGAAUCUGUUUCAUCGCCUAAUCAAUCAAGCCGGACACCGAAGGAAAGAAGCCCAAGAGUCGUUGAUCGGCGGUCCCCACGAAGUCCCGCUAUUGAGGUAGUCAAAGCUGUUUAUGCUUACAUGUGUGACAGUGUAACCUUUAUCGUUCAAUUUCUUGAGGAUGCUGCAAUGCUCAAUUUUCACUUGUCUUAUAAGUUUUGAGACACUUCAUUUGUUUUGUGUAAGAAAACCUUCCACUUCAUUAAAAAAUAACGGAAUAUGAAUGAUGUUUUCCUACUAUUUACUUGUUUUAUAAUUUUGAAGAGACUAUAUUUAUUUUCUGAAAGAACAUAGUGUGAUGUUAGUCACAUUUUUAGAAUUUUUAAAAAGAGAUCACUUUUUUAUCUUUUAUCCAAUUUUUAGUAAUAUCUAUUAAUAUAUAAAGAGACAGUUUUUUGUGAAUUGGUUUUCCCCCUCAAAAACGUCAUUGUCAAGAAAUUGGUAUUAAGUGGAUUAAUAUAAUAGUACAACUUUGGGAGUUGUUGAAUAUUACGUGGGAGAAUCAUGCUGAAGUUGAACUCAAAUACAGCAAGUUGAUGUACUGUUGUGAUUUUCCCAAGAUUUUCUACCCACUUUGGGCCUAUUUCAUUGGUCACUUUUUAGGUAAUAUAUCUUUUUGGAUUUGAUCUUGAUUUUCCAGCCAACUAAUGAUUUUUCUCAUUGGUCCUUUCUUGUAUAUGAAUUCAGAUGAGCUUACUGUUGAGAUUUAUUUUGAUUUCCAACUCAAGAAGCAGGUUUUCUAUUGGACAAUUUUUAGUCAAAUUUUUAAUUAAGAAAAAAAUACAAAACGUGCAUUGUCUAGGGAAAUUUGCUCACACGAGAAAAUAAAAAAACCAGGCUUCCAAUGAUGCGGUUGUGCACAUGCUAAAAUCAAUGAUGUUCAUUUUCAAUUGGCCAAAAAAUCGGUGCAGUAGGUUGCAAUGAAAAGAUUUGGCUGAGAAAGGAUUUAAACACUGUUCACACAAAAUAUCUGUGAACAGUACAAUGUUGCUAUUGGCCAAACAUGCGGUGCCACUGUAUAGUUUAAAAGUAAGAAUACGUACGCAUGGUUUAAAUUAUAUGGGGAUUGCAAUUGCUUGAAAUACUAAUAUCUUAUUGGUGGAAGUGGGUGGCCAAAUAGUGAUGUAGUACGAAAAUAUAUGACAAAAUCUCAAUGCUUUAAAUGCUUAAAUCCUAUUGGUCAAUUUUGGAGGUGGAAUAGUGAAGCUCAUUGAUUGUUUCCUAACGCCCGGAUGGCAACACGCAUUCGUUCAUCUAUUUAAAUGCAAUGUGGAUGCAUGAGGCAACUCACUAUCAUUUGCAUAUCAAAACUCUAAUUGCAUAAGAGUAUAGGGAACCUGGCUUUUCAUGUCUCUAGAAGAACUAGCACUCAAGAAGGGGUCGAAAAUUCAUGGAAAGUAUUUUGGUCUAUUCAAAAAUAGAUGACAAUUUUUGUGACAAUCUUCUUGAUUGAUUCAUGUGAGAAUGGAAGUUUCCAAUUAUUAGGUGUAAUUGGAACAUGUCAAAACUCAAAAUCAGAGAAUAAAAAGACCGUCGUGACUUGCAAAAUUUGUUUUUGAG